AUGUUGUUGGACUACUUGCAGCAUCGCCGGGACUGCCGGUUCAAGCAGGAUGAGCGCGUCAGUCGCAUCAGGGCGCUCAAGGCCUACCACGCUCCCUUCAGCGUCCUCGAUAGGCAAACCGUCAACAGACCCAUCGAGGAGCUCGUCGACGAGGUGCACAAGGACCCCAGCAAGGCCUCGGACCUCCUCCUCACCUACGGCAAGGUAGCCCUCAAGGCUCACGAAAAGACCAACUGCGUCACCGAGGUCCUCAUCAAGGAUGCCGAGAAGUGGAUCAAGGAGGGCUCCGUCAACUUCAAGGGUUCCCUGGCAGGUAUCCCCGUCAGCCUCAAGGACACCAUCGACGUCAAGGGCUAUGACAGCUCCGUUGGCAUGACCAUCAAUGUUCACAAGCCAAAGGUUGAGGACGGCCCAAUGGUGCGGCUGCUCAAGGAUAUCGGUGCCGUGCCUUACGUCAAGACCAACAUCCCCAUCACCCUGCUCAGCUUCGAGUCUGCCAACGACAUCUGGGGCCGGUCUACGAACCCGUACAACAGCAAGUACACCCCCGGCGGCUCCACCGGCGGCGAGGGUGCUCUGCUCGCUCUCGGCGGCCGCAUCGGCAUUGGCAGCGACGUCGCUGGCAGUGUCCGCUGCCCAGCUCACUUCUCCGGCAUCUACUCCCUCAAGUGCUCGACCGGUCGCUGGCCCAAGCUCGGCAUGACCACCAGCAUGCCCGGUCAGGACGGCGUUCCUGCCGUAUAUAGCCCCAUGGCGCGCACGAUGAACGAUCUCAUGUACUUCACCCGCGCCGUGCUCCAGCAGGGCACCUACAACUACGACCCCUCGUGCCAUCCCAUGCCCUGGAGAGCGGACGUUGUAGCCGAGUACAAGGAGAAGGAGAAGCUUCGCGUUGGCGUCUACCGUACGGAUGGUGUCAUUGACCCCAGCCCUGCCUGCAAGCGCGCUCUCGAGAUGACCGAGUCGGCGCUGCGCAAGGCCGGUCAUGAGAUUGUGGAGAUUGAGCCCCCGUCGGGCUAUGAAGGUCUCUACUUGGCUUCGCGGUUGCUUUGCGCCGACGGUCUGGAGACUGUCAAGGGUUUCUUCAAGACUGGCGAGUGGAACGACCGUGGCGCCGCGCAGAUGCGGUACUACGCCAAGCUGCCUCGAUUCGUCAAGUACUUCUACUAUCUCUACCUGCGAUACAUCCGACGCGAUCCGCUCUGGGCCGGUCUUCUCCGGGACUGGCACCCGACAACGACCCACGAGUACUGGAGCCUCAUCGCGCGGAGAGAGGCGUACAAGCGCCAGUGGUUCGAGAUGUGGCAAGACGCCAAGCUUGACUUUAUCAUUGCGCCUCCCAACGCCACGCCCGCUGUUCCGCACAACGGCAUGAACGACGCCGUGAGCAGCUGCGCUUACACCUUCCUCUUCAACCUGAUUGACUACACUGCUGGUGUCAUCCCAGUAACGCACGUUGAUAGAAUCAAGGAUAGACUCCCCAGCACCUUCAACGUCAAGAAGCUCAACGGCAUCGCCCGCGGCGCGUACAAGUUCUACGACGCGAAUGCCAUGCACGGCCUGCCCGUCGGCGUCCAGGUCAUCGGACGACGACUGGAAGAGGAGAAGGUCCUGACGCUCAUGGAGCGGGUCGAGGAUGCUCUCGGGGACGACAAGUUCAAGCUGCUGGAGCUAGACUAG